AUGGGCAAGUACUCUACGCUGCCGCUGUUUGUUAUGCUGUCUGGACUGGGCGUAGUGAUUCUCCUGUCGUUGUGCGCUACGGGUGGCGACGCCUUUGUCUUCGUGAUCCCGCCCCGUGAGGAACUGUGCGUCUACGAGAACGCAAAGCCGAGCUACUUCGUCACAGUCCAGUUCCAGGUGCUCGAAGGCGGACACCAAGACGUCGAUAUCAAGUUCACAUUCAAGGAUAAGAACGCGGCGAAUGGCGUGGAGAGGUUGCUGAUGGUGGCGCAACGUCGAAGCGAGGAGAAGUACACCUUCACCGUCGAUCAGGUUGGCGAGUACCAGUUCUGCUUCAGCAACCUGAUGUCCCUCUCGAGCUACAAGACCAUUAACAUCGCUACAGUGGUCACCCUCCCUCGCGCGGUCGUUGUUGAAGAGUUCAUGGACCCGCUCGAUGAGGUGGUGAAGCAACUGGGCUCGAGUGUUGAGGUGGUCAGGGACGAGCAGCAAGUCAUGAAGCAGCGCGACGUGGUCACCACCAACCUGGCCGAUGCGACGAACGCGCAGGUGUUCUGGUUCUCGGUGGUGGAGUUCGUGAUUCUCUUCGCCAGCGUGGGCUACCAGGUCUUUAACAUUACGCGCAUGUUCGAAGUGAAGCGAGUGUUGUGA